AUGUUAUACCAAUUUAUUAAGAAAAAGAUCUAUGCCAGACGGCAACCAAACGAAGUAGGAGAAACAGAGAAAGCAAAAAAGGCAAAGAAGAAAGGUCCAUGUCGCCAUCAGCAACAGAAUCGGGAUCGUGUAAUAGAGCCGGAACCUGUUGGAAUGGCUAAAUCUGGGGAUCAACACGACAACGCAAGCAAGAAACCCCCCUUCAUCCCACAUCCACCCCCAGAACAGGGCGAUCCAGUUGGUCACUGUCCACAAUGUAAAAAGGAGAUUCACGCCGCCAGAGUAUAUCGCUGGAAGCUGAUUAUUGGCCUGCUACUUCCAUACUUUCUCGCAUCGGUGGAUUUAACUAUAGUUGCUUCUGCGAUGCCGUUUAUCGCUUCUUAUUUCAAUAAAUUGGAUGAAGUCAACUGGAUUGUCACCUCAUUCACCUUAACCUCUACGGCAUUCAUCCCAGCUUUUGGACAACUGGCUGAAAUCUAUGGCCGUCAUUUCGUGCUCCAGCUUUCCAUGUUUUUGAUGCUUGUUGGCAGCGUGUUCUGCGCCGCUGCACCGACCUGGGGAAUGUUGCUCUUUGGCAGAGCUCUACAAGGGACUAGCUCUGCGGGAAUUAUGAACUUGAUUCAAAUUGUGCUCGCUGAUAAUGUAUCCCUGAAAGAAAAUGCGAAGAACUCCACUAUUUUUCAGUUCGUGUCUGGGAUUAGUUAUAGUGUCGGACCAAUAAUUGGAGGAUAUUUGACCAAUGCGAACUGGCGAUACUGUUUCGUUCUGAGUAUACCCAUUGCCGUUUUUGCCCACUUCAUCAUAUUCUUAUUGCUCCGUAAGGAGUUAGUCAAGGGCACUCACUUCACCGAUGGUUUUAAACUAUCAUCUUUCCUAUCGGGGCUUGCCACCAUUGAUUUUGGUGGUACUACCCUUUUCGUACUUGGAAUCGCCCUUAUUAUCUUAGGCACUACGUGGGGAGGCGCAGCAUACCCGUGGGAGUCAGCAGCAGUUCUUGUGCCGUUGGUGUCUGGGUCAAUCUUUUUUGUGCUCUUUUUUGUAUACGAGUUCUACCUCGAACCAGGACGAGUGCUUGCGAGGAUCUUCCCACAGCAAACCCCCAUGAUCCCGUUCCCUAUGUUUAAAAGGAAGGAUACAUCGCUGCUAGCUAUUCUUGAUUUCGCUACCGGAGCAGCUAUGUAUUCGGUAUUUUACUUCAUUGGGAUAUAUUUCACCCUCGUGGAAGCCUACUCCCCGGGGAAGGCAGCCGGCGUUUACUUGGCCAUGUUCGCAUGUAAUGUGUGGCCUUUGCAAACCUUCGCACCGCUGAGCUUCGGCACCUUAGUCGAAACAAUAGGUGUUGCCCUUCUCACCUGGGCUGUCACGACUCGCAAUUUAUCUGUGAUCAACGGGAUGAUGGUUGUAGCCGGUGUGGGAACGGGUCUUAGAUUCAUGCCCGCCUCAUUACACGCGGCAGGGAUCUGGCCAGAUAAGCUCGCAGCAGCAGUGUCUAUUACGCGGUUUUGUAUCCCUUUCGGUGGUACUAUUGCCCUUGCUAUCAUGGGCAGCGUCUUCAAUAAUAAGAUGGCGGGUAUUUUCCAGAUGUCCAGUGGGUCACGGAGCGGAGGGUCUGACACGAACUCCAAUCAGAGUUUGGAUGAUAUCAGCAAGCUUCCGCCAGGGGUUCAAGAGAGCAUCCGUAAUACGGGCAAGAAUGCAGUUAUGUGGGCGUUUGUAUCCAUAAUACCAAUUAUGGCGAUCAGUUUCGUAACGGGGAUGUUUUUGGGGAAUGUGUGGAUUAAAAAGAAAAGUGACAAAAGUGCCGAACAGAACCAGCAGAAUGAUCCCGCCCCUGCAGCCGAUGACGAUGAACAUAUCGCCAGCAAUGAGGUAGUGUACUCCUCAUAUCUGUGGGCACUCUUAACGAGAACCCUAGAAGCAAAGAAACACAUCACCAAGCCCCUUACCAAAGCCGAGAAACAGAGACAAGCAGCUGCCUUGCUCGAGGAGAAGCGACAGCGGGUAAAGCAAAGGCAUCAGCCAUCGGAUGUUGAAAAUGCUCCCUAG